UUUUCUGCUCCAGUGCGCGUGUGCAAACCGGGGGGGCGGGUUUCUUUAGCACGACGCAAUGUUGUGUUUUCUCCACUAAAUAAAUGGCUCGGAUGCGCUAACGCGGACACCUACGACGCCUGUCAGUGACCUUGUGCCAGCCUAGAAGGAGAAACAGCCAUGGGGAAUACGAGCAGUGAGAGGGCUGCCAUGGGCCACGGUGAGAAGGCUCAGAGGAGGGACAGCCGGGGUGCAAAGGAGGGAGGUGGGCCAAAAAUCAUCAUGGACAGCCCCGAGGAUGCAGAUAUUUUUCACAGCGAAGACAUGAAGGCUCCUUCACAGAAAGAGGAGUUCCUUGCCUGGCAGCACGAUUUGGAAGUGGACGACAAAGGGCCAGCUCCAGACCGACAAACAGUCUUCCGCUGGACAGGUGAUGGCAAGGAGGUCUAUCUCUCUGGAUCCUUCAACAACUGGGUCAACAAGAUUCCUCUCAUACGCAGUCAGAACACCUUUGUGGCCAUUGUUGAUCUGCCAGAGGGGGAGCAUCAGUACAAGUUCUACGUGGACGGACAGUGGACCCACGACCCGGCUGAGCCGGUUGUGACCAGUCAGCUUGGGACGGUCAACAACAUCAUCCAGGUGAGGAAGACGGACUUCGAGGUGUUUGAUGCUCUGAUGGUGGACUCGCAGAAAUGCUCUGACAUGUCAGGAAGAGAAGAAUAAGUCUCCACCCCUCCUCCCACCUCCCC